UGUGACCGUUACACCGGAGGAAAAUGAAAAAUAUUUGAAAUUCUAUCUCCAUUUGAAAAGAGAGUGCAAGUGUAGAUGUAGUGCAGUGUAGCGUAGUCCCAGAAAAAAAGAAAAAGAAAAGCGAGAGUUAGAAAUGGCAGAAGAAGAAGAACACUUACAAGAACUCAGAUCCAAAGCCACAGAGCUUUUCCUGAGAGAAGAAUGGAACGCUUCAAUCGAAGCCUAUUCCCACUUCAUAACCCAAACCCUUUCCCACUCUCAUCCAAACCCAAAGCUUCGCAAAUCCCUCUGCAUAGCUCUCUGCAACCGCGCCGAAGCGAGGUCGAAGCUCAAGUACUUCAAUCUCGCCCUUGGAGACUGCGACCACGCUUUGGAGCUCGACGCCACGCAUUCAAAGACCCUUUUGUGCAAAGGCAAGAUCUUGCUCAGCCUCAACCGCUACUCCUCCGCCCUGGAGUGCUUCCGCUCCGCCACGCUUGAUGGGGCCAACGAGAACGUUAAUGGGUACUUGGAACGGUGCAAAAGUUUGGAGCUUUUGUCGCGGACGGGGUGUUUGGAUCUCUCGGAUUGGGUCGCGAAUGGGUUUCGCGGGAGGGUUCCAGAGCUCGCGGAGCAUGUUGGUGCGGUGGAGAUUAGGAAAUCUGAGGUUAGUGGAAGAGGGUUGUUUGUGACCAAGAAUGUUGAUUCUGGGUCGGUGAUUUUGGUGACCAAGGCGAUUGCCAUGGAGAGGAGUAUCAUAGUGGGAGGGGUUCAGGAUUUGGGCGAGGAUGCACAGUUGGCGAUGUGGAAGAAUUUCAUCCACAAGGUUUCUGAGUGUGUUGGCAAGUGUGCCAGGACAAGGGGUUUGGUGGGUUUGUUGUCGUGUGGGGAGAACGAGGAUGAGCUUGAGGUGCCUGAUGUUGGUGUCUUUAGGCCUGAGUGUGUGGAGAAGGAUGAAGUUGAAGUUGGUGUUGACAUGGUUGAGUUGGUUGGUGUUUUGGAUGUUAAUUCUCUCACUGAGGAUGCUGUUUCAGCCAAUGUGUUGAGGAGGGGGAAUGAUUGUUAUGGUGUGGGGUUGUGGUUGCUACCUUCCUUCAUAAACCACUCUUGUUGUCCCAAUGCAAGGAGGUUGCAUGUUGGGGACUACUUGGUGGUUCAUGCUUCCAAGGAUUUGAAGGCUGGUGAGGAGGUCACUUUUGCAUAUCUUGACCCUUUGUGUGGUUUGAGCAAGAGAAGGGAGAUGGGGAUAAAUUGGGGGAUUCAUUGCAAGUGCAAGAGGUGUAGGUUUGAGGGGGAAGUGUUCUCCAAAGUGGAGAUAAGAGAGAUUGAGAUUGGUCUUGAGAGAGGGAUGGAUGUGGGGGGUGUGGUGUACAAGUUGGAGGAGCAAAUGAAGAGGUGGAAGGUUAGGGGGAAGGAGAAAGGGUACUUGAGGGCUUCAUUUUGGGAAGCAUAUUGUGAGGCUUAUAGGUCUGAGAGGGCCAUGAAGAGGUGGGGAAGGAGGAUUCCCUCAGUGGAGGCUGUGGUUGAUAGCAUCAGUGAUGUGGUGGGAGGGGAUCACAGGUUGCUUAAGAUGCUGAUGGAGGAGAUGAAGAAAAGUAGUGGUGCAGGUUUGGAGAGGGAGAAGCUUUUCAAGAUGGCAAGAGAUGUGUUUGGCAAGGUUGUGAAAAAGCAAGCAAUGAAGACACUUCUUGAACUCUGCAUUGCUGAUUGAAUCAACAAAUUCUUUAUCAUUACUAUUUCUGCAUUGAAGAUUGCUGUAUGUAAACCAAUUCUAUGAAUAAUUUUAUUGAAGAUUGCAUACCACUUAGCACUUACCAUUAUGUGCUGAACUCAUUUUUCGUUUAAUAAUCCAAAUUCUGUCUGCUGAAAAUUCAAUAUGAAAACUUGUGUUGUGCCUAUAAAUCGGAGCCAGUAUUCAAGAAUGAAAAUUAUAAAGCGAUAAUUGAAUAGGCGAUCAGGCAAUAGCUGCGGAAGUAUUGAUCAAGAAGCAUAUGCAUCAUUUAAAUGUGCAGCAGCACUUUGGAAUGUAGAGUAAUAGCUAUUGGUUUAGCCAAUUAUAGUUUUUUGUACCACCAAAACUAGAUAACAAGUUUCAGA